UCGCAAAAAUUCUCACAAGCAGAAUGUCAGACCUUUCAAUCAAAGGAUCUGCUGAAAUUCUUAGCGGUAUUUCUUUAUCCCAAAGUAUGGAGCUUCUGAUGAUAAAUUCUGAUGCGAUUAAAAUUACUUAUAUCUGCAGUUCAAUGAGCGGAACACCUUAAUAAACAAAAAUCGUUGUGUUUUUUCGAGAAAUAUUAAUUUUCACUACUCUCUUUUCAAGUUUCGAUGAGAGGUUCUCAUUCAGAUAUAGACGGAUAUAUUAUUAUUUCAUGGCCAUAGUUAAGCAUGAUCUGCAAAUAUUCGACAAUCUGAUGUAUUGUAAGAAGAGCCAAGGACGACCCGAUGGAUGAAACUAUAAAUCAAAAACUCUGUAUUUUUGGCCAAAGAAACACCCCUAGAAGUUUCGGCAGAAUCUGUGAUACGGAGGUUGAUUUUUUGAGUACUGUGCACGGGAAUGGGAUAUAGCUUAUAAUUUAGACUGUUUAAUGCAUGAAACAAAUCCACACAAUUUCAAAUAAAUUCCAUUGAAAUCCGUCAAAAGUCUUACCACAGAUAAGUAAAACAUUAUGGAAAUAUCGAUAAUUUGCGAAAAUCUUCAAAAAUCACGUAAACUCAUUCUAGUUCUGCGAUUUUUCGUGAAACUUGAUGGAAUUUCUUAAAUCACAUGAAGAUCCGUCGAGAAAAUCUACAUCAAGACGUAGAAUCUGCAACUUUGAAAAAAACUACGAAAAUCUUACAAUAUAUACGCCCUUUACAAAAUGCUCCUGGAAGCUCGACAAGUUACGUAAAGUUUAUUGUAUUCUGCAUAACCCUCGUAAAUUUGUACGAAAUUACUUCUUAUAGUAUCAUGACAUACAUAUAAGGUAGAUCACAUUAGAUUAGUAGAAAUUCGGAUGCAAUAUAAAUGUAAUGGAAAUUCCAUGAACUCUCAUGGAAUCUGUAAAAACCAACCGAAUUCCGUGCAUCCAGGAAUUAAAUACAGGUAACCUUUUUGCCGUAAAAUAUAGUGAAAUAUUGUAGAAAACUUUUUCAAAAUCUUGUGAAAUCAUAAUAACCCCGCGGAACUUCUUUCAAACUGCAUUCAAAUACCCGUAUUCCAGCUAAAUUCGUGGUGUUUGAAUCCCUUGUAAGUUCAAUUUUACCUAUCACAAUUACCACCUACAAUUAAGCAGCUCAAACGGCAGUUUCGUCAUCGACUCUAUUGAUCGACCGGAUUGGCAAUCGAACCUGGAGUAGUACUGAUGCGGAGUUGCAUUUCGCGGUGGGGCGGCUGGUGGGUAGCGGUCUUGCUUUCACUUCCGUUUCUGCAAUCGCGUACUCGCGGGGAGUCGCAGAAUGGCUCGGGGUCCCCACAUGAUCACGGCUUGCGGCCCGCCGAGUCUUGGCUGUCGGUGCUGCUCCCUGAGUCGACGGACAACACGCUGGACCCGCCGCCCGAAGAGCGCGAGGAAACGCGGCUUCUCGCACUGCUAGGGGCAGAUUACGAUGCGGCGUUCAUGUCAAACUCGCGACCGAACGCGACGGCGCGUCUUGCCUGGGAAUUUCCAUUCCGCGCUGAUCACCGGGGACGUCUUGUUCCGACGGGAGAGAUGCCAGAAGCCUUGCAAACUUUACACCUGGGAAGACCAUUAUUUCUUAGCUACGUGAGAUUGCCUGAUGGGUCGCGACUGAGGACUCGCGUUUCCGAGAAGCUGAAGAGGAAGCUGAGGCGGUUACUGUGGGCGUAUACAUCUUGUCCGGUCCAAUGGAGGUGGAAAGAUCUUGGAAUAAGAUUUUGGCCUCGUUGGUUGAAACAGGGAAGGUGCUCGCAGGGGAAGGGAAUUUCCUGCAGCGUUCCUCCUGGCAUGAAAUGCCGCCCUUCCAAUACGAACUACAAAAAGUUCCUUAGGUGGCACUGUAUAAGGGAAGGCGAAUGCAAGUGGAGGCCUGUUGAGUAUCCGGUCAUAACGCAGUGUGCCUGUUCCUGUUCUCACAUAGUUCGUGGUUCCAAGAACGCUGAUACAACUCAAGUGUAAUUAUUGAUUACUUCGCCGAGGCUAGAUCCUGGAUAGAAAUGAAGUAAGUCAGUCCAAAUUUAAUGAGGAUUUGAGUAGAAUUUUACGAACCGACAAAUUGAUGAGAAAAGAUGCACGUCAUGCUCUAUUAUGUUUUUUUUUCAAUAUUUGUCUGUUAGAAACGGAGUUUAAGUAGAAUUCAAUUCAACAUUUAAGCUGUGUAAGUAAGAUUAAGGCAUUCUAACAAAGUUGGUUUUUAUUUUUAUACAUUAUAAAUAUUCGUCAGUCGUUUGGGAGCCCAAACUUCAUGAAUUUUAUACUUGCCAUUGUUUGUGAUGUUUUGAUAAGCUCAGAUCUAAUAGUAAGGUAGAGAGAGGUAGAGACUGGAAUGAGAAACAAUUAUUUUUCUGCUGGAUAGCUUAUAUUUCAUACUAUGUUACCUUUGAUAUCAACAUGGCAUGUAUACAUCAUCAUUCAAGCUCUCUGAGUGAUUAAAUAACUUGAUGACAAGAGUCAAUAUAAAAUAUAAAUA